GCAUGUUUGGUGGCUGUCUGUCUGUUUAUGAAGACUGCGAGGGUUGUCAGUGAGGAGGAGGAGCCACAAGAGGACAAUGAAAAUGCAACCACAGGGGAGAGGUUCAGGGAAUUCGUCUCAAAUCUUCACAAGAAAUUGAAAAAUCUCUUCACGACUCAAAACAAUACCUCAAACACGACCUCAAAAGUUGACGAAGGCCUUGAAGAAAACGCUGCUCAAUCUGAUGAUAUGUGGGCGGAAGAUUACAUCCCGGAUUAUAUGAAUGAAAGAGAUGAAUCUCAAUACGUUUCUGACCAUAGACUUCUAGAUUCGUUAGAUGAUAAUUACGAAAACUUGAGAAAGAAGAAUGAUGUUGAACAUCGUUCCGAACCUGUCAUUGUUAAAGAUGAUAUUGGUGAUGUUGCUGAAGAUGAUAUUGGUGAUCAUGAUAUUCCUGAUGUGGAUGAUAUUGCUGAUGGUGUUGAGGAUGAUAUUGCUGAUAGAGUUGAGGAUGAUAUUGUUGAUGCUGUUGAGGAUGAUAUUGUUGAUGCUGUUGAGGAUGAUAUUGAUAUUUCUGAUGCUGUUGAAGAUGAUAUUGCUGAUGCUGUUGAGGAUGAUACUGCUGAUGGUGUUGAGGAUGAUAUUGCUGAUGGUGUAAAUGCUGAUAUUGAUAUUUCUGAUGCUGUUGAGGGUGAUAUCGCUGAUGAUGAUAGUGGUUAUUUCUAUAAUGAGGAUCAGAGCAAUAGUGAAAUGUCUUCCUUUAGUGUUUUUGAUGACUUUUUAAGCGACACCACAACCUCUUCCGACACCGACAAUGAUGGAACCUCUGAAACAAGUUCCUCUACGGGUGUUUUGAAUGACGCGAGUGAUGCCAUAUCCUCUUCUGAUACUUCAACUGGUGAGGAUACCAGUACUAGUACUUCUACUGACAUGGUACUCGACGACAUAUAUGUUUACGAUCAUGUCAAUGAUGCAUACGUUAAUGAUGAUGCUGAUAAAGACACCAGUGAAAGCAUUGAUGAGGAAGAAGGUAAUAAAGAGGACACCACCGACGUGGCACAAGAUACUGCUGACGCCAGUGAUAAGGAAGAAGCUGGUAGGGAGAGUGACGAAAAAGAGGCUGGUGACGAGAGUGACGAUAAGGAAGAAGCUGGUGGCGACAGUGACAAGGAGGAGAGUUCAUCUGAAGAGUCUGAGAGUGAGGAUAAAAAUGAAACUGGUAAAGAUGAAAAAAAUGUUACUGCCACAAAAAAUCUUACGGCAGGAAGUUGUAAGCAUAAAGCAGGUACAGAUUCCUCAGGGACUAAUGUAUCUUGUGAUAAGAAUGCCACUUCAACCUCAAAAGGUGGUGCCGAAUUGGGUAAAGAAACCACCUUAGGAGGUGAUAAGAAAGCCACCACAUCUCCAGAAGGUGGUGAUAAAUUGGGUACUAAAACAACUUUAGGAGGGGGUGAGAAUGCCACCUCAUCUGUAGGAGGCGCUAAAUCUGAUAAUGAAACCACCUUUGGAGGUGAUAAGAAAGGUACCUCACCCACAGGUGGUGAUAAGGAAACAAUCUCGGGAGUAGGUGGUAAAGAAACCUCACCCACAGGUGGUGAUAAGGGAACCAACUCGGGAGUAGGGGGUAAAGAGACCUCACCCACAGGUGGUGAUAAGGAAUCGGAAAAGAGUGAUAAGAAAGAAACCACAUCCCCAGGUGGUGAAGGAGCCACAGCACAAAAGCCUGGAAACGCGAGUUUAGGCAACGCUACAGAGGAUGCCGUUUACGUUAGCGAUGAUGAUGAUGUUAGUAGUGACAGUUAUUUAUCUUAUAGUGAUGAUGAGAAUGUCAACUACGGUUCUCCAAAUGAUGACUUUGAUUUUGAUGCUUCCAAUAAUGAAUUUCAGGACAAUGUACCCACCUAUUCUGAAGAUGAUGAUAAAGAAUUCACUUUCAAUAUUGAAAAUGAGGGCGACAAUGUCCUUUCUGAUGAUGAAAUUGAGGAUGUUGAAAAUGAGGGUAAUUAUGUUUUUUCUGAUGAUGAAAUUCAGGAUGCUGAAAAUGAGGAUGAUUAUACCUCUCCCCAUGUUAAAGUUGAGGAUGACUCCAUUUCUUAUGAUACCUUUUCUGAUGUUGCAAAUGAGGAUGAUUGUGACGUUCAAGCCGAGGAUGAUAGCCAUGUAGAAACUGUGGAUGAUUAUGCACCAUCUAUUGAAAUUAGACAUGUCCCUGGUAUUUAAAUUGACCAUAAAAAGGCUUAUAUAUCCCCUGUGUUGAAAAUGGUGGUGAUUAUGCCCAUUCCCAAGUUGAAAUUUAGGAUUAUGGCUCUCCUUUUGUUAAGAAUAAGGGUGAUAGUAUACCUUCCCAUGUUGAAAUUGAUCGCGAUGGUUAGACAGUUACUUAAAUUGGUAAUACAGAAAACACAUUAUAUUAAUUUAAUUUUUCAGAUCUUAACAUCUAAAACUAGAUUAUUGAUAAGGGAAACUUGCCAUAUAUUAUUUUAUUUACAAUAUCUUGUAUUUUCCAGUACAUUUUACAUCAUAUGUUGUGAAUUUUGUUUUAAGGAAAGUAAAUAUUGAUUGUUUA